AUCUAUAAAUGAUGUGUAAGGCCACUUAGGGAUCUUCAUUCUAUCUUGUUUUCAGUUCCUUUACUUCUGAAUCUUUGUUUCCACUAUGAAGUCUACUUAUGUAAUCCAUCUUUAUCUCACUCAAUCUUGCACUUGUAGCAACCCAUGCUGCAUUACCCCCUGAAUUGUACUGGAGGUCCAAACUUCCAACAACUCAAAUGCCAAAAGCCAUCAUAGAUCUUCUUCACCCUGGCACAGCUAACGGAAAAACAAAUGGGAAAAGUGAGACCUUGGAUGAUCCAAAUAGAUAUUUUAUGGUUUAUGGCAAAGAUGCUGCAAGUGAAACACAAUUACAUGGUGACCCAAAUAGAUUUUUUAUGGUUUAUGGUAAAGAUGCUGCAAGUAAAAAACAAUUACAUGAUGAUCCAAAUAGAUUUUUCAUGGUUUAUGGCAAAGAUGAUGCAAGUGAAACACAAUUUCUACAUGACAAUCCAAUUGUGGCCUUGUUCUUCUUGGAAAAAGACUUGCAUCUUGGUACAAAAUUGAACAUGCAAUUCAAAAAGACCUCAAAUUAUGAAGUAACAUUUUUGCCUCGUGAAGUUGCUAAUUCCAUUCCCUUUUCAUCAAACAAAGUGGAAAAAAUCCUUAACCACUUUUCCAUCAAGCAAGGAUCAAAAGAGUCUAAAAUUGUGAAGAAUACCAUUAUAGUGAGUGUGAAGAAAAUGACAUCAAAGGAGAGCAAAAGAGUUCGGGUAUUAUAAUACCUGCAUUUAAAAUAAGGUACUUUGUAUGAUCCAUUCUUGUUAUUAUAAUAUGAAUAAUCAUCUAUAGUUAGUUGAUAGGUAAACUAGAGUUAGUAGCUUGGUUAGAAGUUAGUUAGAGUUAGUUACACAAUUAAACUCUCUAUAUAGGAACACUCAUGUAUCAUUUCAUUAUCUUUUGUUAAAUCUAGUUUACUCUCCUAUGAGUCACUAUGGGUAUCUCCCACAUGAAUACACCUAUGCUCUCUUUCUAACUGAUCA